AUGCAGUCCGCUGGACGUUUGAAUGGGCUCGAGAGGCAAUAUCUCAUUCCCCGGCACGAGGCAUUGCUCCAGAAGGGAAACGACCCUUCUGAGGACACCCCUGUCGUGCUUGGCGAUGCUGCCGACUCUGACCGCAGGGCCAAAGCCAAAUCAUACGAACAACUGUUAGUUUGCAUUCCCGGAGGCAAGAAUAGUAUCAAAGACCGAGUCCACAGCCACCAGCCUCUGCAAAGCACGGUACAGUAUAUUGGAGCCCAGAAGAAGGAAGUCCUUGAAUAG